CUGCCACAAAAUUUUAUAGAAAUUAAGUAGAUCUCUGCCUCUAAUAUUACCCUAAUUAACCUCGACUCGCCGUCGCCUCUAUAUCAACAGACAGACAUUGAUGCCGGCCAACUAAAUCCUGUUCUCAAAGGCAAAAAAAAAAAAAAAGGUUCAUCCAAUCUGCACCUUGACAAAGCAUAUUACUGUUUCGGCACAAGUAUUUGCUCUUUGAACAAUUUUCCCAGCCAAGUAGACAUGGCGAACAUCACGGUGGACGAGGUGCGCAAGGCCCAACGCGCGGAGGGUCCGGCCACCAUCAUGGCCAUCGGCACCGCCAAUCCGGCCAACUGCGUCGACCAGAGCACCUACCCCGACUUCUACUUCCGCAUCACCAACAGCGACCACAUGACCGAGCUCAAACGCAAGUUCCAGCGCAUGUGCGACAAAUCCAUGAUCAGGAAGCGUUACCUCCACUUGACGGAGGAGUUCCUAAGAGAGCACCCAAACAUGUGCGCCUUCAUGGCGCCUUCCCUCGACGACCGACAGGACGUCGUCGUCCCGGAGAUCCCGAAACUUGCCAAGGAAGCCGCCGCGAAGGCGAUCAAGGAGUGGGGGCAGCCGAAAUCCAGCAUCACCCACCUCAUCUUCUGCACCACCAGCGGCGUCGACAUGCCGGGGGCCGACUACCAGCUCACCAAGCUCCUCGGCCUCCGGCCGUCGGUAAAGCGCUGCAUGAUGUACCAGCAGGGCUGCUUCGCCGGCGGCACGGUCCUCCGCCUCGCCAAGGACCUCGCCGAGAACAACAGGGGCGCCCGCGUCCUAGCGGUCUGCUCGGAGAUCACGGCCGUGACGUUCCGCGGGCCGAGCGACUCCCACUUGGACAGCCUCGUGGGCCAGGCUUUGUUUGGGGAUGGGGCCGGGGCCGUCAUAGUGGGCUCGGAUCCAAUCCCGGAAGUCGAGAAGCCCAUAUUCGAGCUCGUCUACACGGCCCAAACUAUUGUACCUAACAGCGAGGGUGCUAUCGACGGACACCUCCGCGAGGUGGGCCUGACGUUUCAUUUACUGAAAGAUGUUCCGGGCCUUGUGUCCAAGAACAUUGAGAAGUGCUUGGAUGAUGCGUUCAGGCCUUUGGGGAUCUCGGACUGGAACUCGCUCUUUUGGGCGGCCCAUCCCGGUGGGCCGGCGAUAUUGGACCAGAUCGAGGCUAAGUUGGAGCUGAAGGAGGAGAAGCUCCGGGCGUCGAGGCACGUGCUGGCCGAGUACGGGAACAUGUCAAGCGCGUGCGUGUUGUUCAUUUUGGACGAGAUGAGGAAGAAGUCGGCGGCGGAUGGGUGUGCGACUACUGGGGAAGGGCUGGAUUGGGGCGUGCUUUUUGGGUUUGGGCCUGGGCUUACGGUUGAGACCGUGGUCUUGCACAGUGUGGCUCUUUGAGUGUGGUGGUGAUGGGCUUGCAAUUGGGUUUUGUUUGUUCGGCCCAUCUUGUGUUUGUUGAGUGUUAUGGGAUUCAUUGCUUCGCGGGUUUGUACUUAUGGGCCGCUGGUGGGUGGGGAACUAUGAAGGGAAAUUAAUGUUUGCUUCAAGUUGAUUCAUGAAGCAAGUUGUAUUGUUGUUACAGUUACAUAUUUCGAAUACGAACUUAAAUAAAAAAUAUACAUAUAUGAACAUUUUACUCAAAAUGUAUUUUUAUAUUUGU